AUGCAGGACAAGACCUAUCAGUCUGUGAUGUACGAAGAUGAUGCUACACAGAUUUCUGACAAAAUAUUUGAGUGGGCUCUACAAGGUGACUCGGCAGCGUUGGAAAAGCACUCAGCCCACCUGGGUGUCCGUGACCAUGCCAAUGCCAGCCCUCUGCACUAUGCCACCUCACACGGGCACAUUAGCACCAUACAGCUCAUUGUGCAGUUGACUGGUCCAGAUGAACUGAGUGCCAGUGAUGAGGAGGGCAACACGUCAUUACACUGGGCUGUGCAGAAGACCCAGAGAGAGAGCUGUGCUUGCCUUCUGGACCUGGGAGCCAACCCGAACAUCCUCAACCGCCGCCUCAUGUCUCCCCUACACAUGGCUGUCAGCCUCGGACACAACACUCUCAUCGAGCUAUUACUGUCUCACAGCAACACGGAUGCCAACUUGGAGGGGGAAUUGGGGAACACACCUGUAAUGUUGGCCUGCUGUGUUGAUAACCAUGAAGCUCUCCAUCUACUUUUGAAAUAUGGAGCCAGACUAUGUCAACAGAACAAGCUGGGGCAUUAUCCCAUUCACGCAGCAGCCUUUGCAGGGGCCAAAAAAUCAAUGCAGGUGGUUCUUCAGAAAGGUGAGGAAAUAGGUUUCUCAAUUGAAACGCACAUCAACUAUGUGGACAAAUCAUUCAGUACUCCUCUUCAUCUGGCCGUCCGUGGAGGCAACCUGGAGGUGAUCAAACUCUGCAUAGAACACGGAGCUAAAAUGGACCAACAACAGUGUGACAAAUCCACAGCCCUCCACUUUGCCUGCACCCAGGGAGCAACCGAGGCCGUCAAACUCAUGCUAUCAGCACAUGAUAGAGUCGGUGAUGUCAUCAAUCUCACAGAUGGCGCUUGCCAAACCCCACUGCAUAAGACAACAAUAUUUGACCAUGUUGAAUUGGCUGAAUACCUAAUUUCAAAGAGCGGAGACAUUAAUGCCAUUGACUGUAAGGGUCAUACCCCACUGCUUUUGGCCACAAGUUGUGGCGCCUGGAAAACAGUGAGCCUUCUUCUUACACAUGGGGCUAAUUUGAAAAUAAAAGACAAACAUGGCUGCAAUUUCCUUCACCUUGCCAUCUUGCAGCCGAAAGGUCUGACAAACCUUCCUCCGGAAUUCUUAAAGUGCAGCAGUGUGAGAGAGCUCCUGGAUGCAGAGGACAAUGAGGGUUGUACUCCCAUGCACUAUGCCUGCAGACUGGGCAUUCCAGAGUCAGUGAAGAACAUGCUCAGACUGAACGUCUCACUGGACCAGAAGUCGAAGCAGAAGAAAUCUGCACUGCAUUUCGCAGCCGAGUAUGGGAGGAUAAACACCUGCCACAGACUCCUGGAGAGCAUGACCAACACCAGACUGCUGAAUGAGGGAGAUGAGAGGGGAAUGACUCCCCUCCACCUGGCUUCCCGUGGCGGCCAUGUUAUAGUGGUGGACCUGCUGCUGCGGAAAGGAGCGCUGUUCCACAGUGAUUAUAAAGGUUGGACAUGUCUACAUCACGCUGCAGCAGAGGGAUAUACCCAGACCAUUAUCAUACUCCUGGCAUCAAAUAUCAAACUGCUGGACAAAACAGAUGAAGACAAGAACACAGCGUUACAUCUGGCUGCCAGAGAGGGCCAUGCGGCUGCAGUGACACUGCUCCUGGACAGAGGGGCGCAGAUAACGCUCAACAAGAGUGAUGCCUCCUUCCUCCACGAAGCUGUUCUCAGCGGCAGGAAGGACGCAGCCAUCGCUGUCAUCCACAAUGAGAGAUGUGCUGAGGCUAUGCUAUUGUUCAAAGUGAAGUCAACUAAGCGAUGCGUUGUCAUGGACAUGAUAGAGUUCCUGCCAGAGUCAUUCAAGCAUCUUUUGGACACUUGUGUAAAGGAGUCAGAUGAUGACAUAAAUAGUAUCAACUACUCUAUCGAGUACACUUUCAGAUGGCUACAAGCUCCCAUGCAUGUCAUUAAGCUUGCAAAAGCAGACAAAAGCCUCGACCUCCAGCCUCUCACUGCUCUGAAUUACAUGGUGAAAUUUAACCGCAUAGAGCUUUUGACCCAUCCUGUCUGCAAGAAGUAUCUGGAAAUGAAGUGGAAUGCCUAUGGUAUGAAAGUGCACCUGCUAAAUCUGGCCAUCUACUCACUUGGUCUGGGGCCUCUGACACACAUCAUUCAUACUCUGAAGCCUAUCCUCAACACCAAUGUCACCAAUACCACGUCACCAUCAUCAUCAUCCGUCAGCAUGGUGACCACAUCCUUUGACGAGCAAUGCUACAUAAUCACCACAUGCAUGUUCCUGAUUCUUGCCAUGAGUCUGUACGCAGUUGGCAAGGAGCUUGUGCAGAUAGUUCAGCAGGGUUCAAAGUACUUCUUUGAUGUGACUAAUGCAUUGGACUGGGGUGCUGCCAUCAGUACGCUGUUGUUUGUGAUCCCUUUACUGAUGGACCUGAAGGACACAUGGCAUUGGGAGGCUGGUGUGGUGGCAGUUCUUCUAUCCUGGAUCAACUUUCUCCUCUAUUUCCAACGGUUUGAACGCGUUGGGAUCUACGUGGUGAUGUUUUUAGAGAUUGCAAAAACUCUUAUAAGCAUCAUUGUACUCUUCUUCUUCCUGCUGCUGGCAUUUGCCUUGGCCUUCUAUGCCCUGAUGCUAGAUCAUGUAUCUAGCAUACCGCUAGUAAUCAUGCAAACAUUUGUCAUGAUGGCUGGAGAACUCAACUACCAAGAAAAUGUCCUGAAGCCAUUUCUGGGAGGGAUUCUGCCUUUCCCAUAUUUGACCUACUGCAUUUUUGUUAUGUUCACCUUUGCUGUGCCCAUUCUCCUCAUUAACCUAAUGAUUGGCUUGGCUGUUGGUGACAUAGCAGAGGUACAGGCGAAUGCUGAGCUGAAGCAAAUUGGAAUGCAGAUUGAGCUUCACACUAGUCUGGAAGAGAAAAUGCCAUACUGGUUAAUGAAGAGGGUUGAUCAGAUCUCGCUCACUGAGUACCCUAACAGAGCCUGUGACGGAAAGGUAUGUCCCUUCUACAAGUGGUCAUUUUUUUCAAGAAUAUUGCAUUCUAUCAUCUAUUCAUUCUCCAGGUUGAAGGAACUGUCUAAUAUUAUUGAGAAGCAGCACAACCUUCUGAAGCUGAUCGUUCAGAAGAUGGAGAUCAGUUCAGAGGCAGAAGAGCACGACGGUCCUCAGCUGUUCCAGGGCUACAGGGACAAGCCCCUCCCCUGUCAGAGCAAAUGGAACCCUCUACUGAGGGCACUGGCAGCCAGGAAGUAACAACAACACAUAUAUUAUCAUCAGCAUCCUACUAAAGGUACUGUACACCAAACCAGGGGUACGAUUAAGAAGGAAUGUUGGGGUAUGGUAUCACCAUUGUUAACAAAAGAAGACUUGGUGCAUCCUCCUUGAUUUUGACUAUUAUUAAUACACAUAACCACCCCCCUUGCAACUACCACCACCCUUAAAACGUAUCAUAAAUUCACCCCUGCACAUCACCCAUCCAAUAAUGCAGUUAAACUAAUUGACAUAGUGUUCCUUUAGUAAUGCACAUUACAGUAUGUAAGGAAACACAAGUGUCACAAUUUAAAAUCAUUUCAAUUGUAAUUUGCAUGGUUUUCUGAAUCAUUUGGUCAAAUAUAACCACAUGGGGAUGUUUGCUCUUGGUAUUUUCAAAUGGUCAUAAGAUAGGACAUAUACUAGAAAAGUAGUCAGGAUUAUACAUUUAUAGUAUGUGUGCAUGCUUGAUAAAGAGCUUUGAGCACCCCAUAUUUAAGUGUUCUUUAAACAAUAUUACUUGUUAUGGUGUAUUAAUUAUUAAUGACAUGUUGUUUAUGUAGCUGAUGUAGCUGUUUAUGUAGAGGAUCUGAUGUGUAUACUGAAUCCAUUAUGUUUUUCUCUUUUUGGCAUCCUCUGUGGGCUCGGGCAUGGGUUUCUUCCUCUUGUUUUCACUGUGUCCUGGAGAGAAAUACAUUUUAAAAAAGGACAGCUUAUUUGAGUGUCAAUCCAAUGAGUCCAGGACCCGUAUUCACAAAGCAUCUCAGAGUAGAUGUGCUGAUCUAGGAUCAGGUCUUUCCUUGUCUUAUUCAUCAUGAUUUAAAAGGCAAAAGGCUUUGUGAACACAGGCCCAGAACGACAGUAUGAAAACUAUUGAUAACACAUUAUUACACUUUGUUUGAGAAUUAAAUGCCUACACACGUUCUCCAAUCAAUGAAUCUUGUAAGUAAAACAAUAGCCCACUGUACUAUUACGGUAAUGUUUGGGGGUCAUGUAUUAAAAUGGGUUCUAACCUGAA